UUCUAUCUACUAAGACAAAUUGAGAAACACUGAGCAGACAGAUGGAACAAACUUCUUGAAAAGACUUUGAACAUCCCCUGAUGAGCCCACAAAUUCGAUCAUGGAAUCGCAGCGAUUUUAUUGUCUUUUCUUUAUGUUGACUUGGAUAUUUGUAGUUUUCCUUUCUUCUCUGUGCUCAGGAAUGGAUGAAGCAAAAUUAUCCAUGAACACCACAGUCUUUGUGGCCCUUAAAGGUGAAGAUCUCAACAUUUCAUGCAAUGUAAUGAUACCAGCAAACCAAAGUAAGGACACGAUGAUAUGCUACGAUAAUUCCAGUAACCAGAUAUAUAGCUGUGACAUCCCUGAUAUGGCUGGCCAGAAAAAAAGUCUUGACGUGACAUUGCAGCUGAAACACGUGAACAAUUCAGGAGAAUACCAUUGCAAGUAUAAAACAGCCAUGGUGCACUGGUUUCUUCGAGUGAGAGUGAAAGGCUACGAGAUUGUGUCGGAUUACACAGGAAUCAUCCCAGUCGCUGUUAUUACUUGUGUGCUUCUGGUUUUCAGCGCGGUUGGGUCAGUGUAUGUCUUCAGAGGACAUUGGAAAGAGCAGAUUACUGAAUGUGGCAAAACAGCCAGAAAACAAACACAGAGCAGAGAAGAAAGGGAGGCGAGAGAGAUGGAGGAAGAGAACUCAAAGGAAAUAACAGCUCCCUCCACAUCUUUCUAUGCUAGUCUAGAGCCUCGGCCCAGGUCCAUUUAUGAGGUGCUGGACCACUCAGCUGCCAACAGAGAGCCUGACAAAAAGAAAGCUAAACCCAAGAACAACGAACCCCAAAAAACAACGGCGCAAACCACACACCAGGAGGAAGGCAUAUUUGAGUCUGUCUAUGAGAACUUUUGAAUCAUAAAUAAAUCUAAUACAUCACUGUGAUAUUAAUAUCAGCAGCUAAGAUCAUCAUUUGCUUUGCUGUGUCAUUGUUACCGGUUACUAGCGGUACAACAUAUUCUUUAAAAGUAGAAGUAGAAAUCAGAAUGUAAAAUUUUUUUGUUACAUGUGUUUUUGAAGAAGUUUUUUUUUUAAGUGUUAUCAGACAAAUGCACUUAAAGCACAAAUGCAGAAGUAUUCACUAUGCAGUCAAAAUGGCCUCUAUCAGUGCUUCGUUAUUAUGGAUCAUACUGUUUGACUAUUUGUAAAUGUAUUUUGCUGUUUUCCGACUUCAGAAACUGAGGAAAUAAAUCCUUCCUUGUCACAA